CCUAACGUACAUGUACGUACGUAUACGUACUACAUGUACUGUAGCUGAAUAUGAAUGUGAACGAUUUGCCCUAACUCUGAGUCUGAGGUUCACCCCCGGCAAAGUAGUAAUCCUGCUUACCUUGGUUGUUGAGAGACAAGAGACAUCACCGGUAUCCGACGACAAAGUUCCAUGUAGCUCACAAUCUCUGACUAAACCCAACUGUGGAUUAAAUCUGAUUUAAAAUGGCUGCACCUCCAGAUGUAGCGACAUCGGCCGUCUUGGUCCAGAGCUCCGAGAUGCCAGAAGGCUCGGUAAAGGUCAAAGGUUAUGAUUUCAAUGAGGGCAUUGAUUAUCACAAGCUUCUGCAAUCUUUCAAGACAUGUGGAUUCCAAGCUACGAAUCUAGGACUGGCUAUAGAAGAAAUUCAGAAGAUGAUAUCAAAGAAAGAGGAAGGAUAUGAUGAAGAGGAAGCAAAGAAAGGAGCUGAACUUAACCCUUGUGGUCGACUCAAGUCAAACUGUACCAUUUUCCUCGGUUACACCUCUAACCUCAUCUCAUCAGGACUCAGAGAAACCUUUAGUUUCUUGGCUCAACAUAAUUUGGUUGAUUGCAUAGUGUCUAGUGCUGGAGGCAUUGAAGAAGACUUCAUAAAAUGUUUAGGAGAUACCUAUAUUGGGGAUUUCAGCCUGAAAGGUCGUGAGCUUAGACCAAAGGGCAUCAAUCGUAUUGGCAAUCUCUUGGUUCCGAACGAAAACUACUGCAAGUUUGAGGACUGGCUCAUGCCGAUCUUGGACCAGAUGUUGAUUGAGCAGAACACGGAGGGUAUCAACUGGACGCCAUCCAAGAUGAUUGCUAGGUUAGGCAAGGAAAUUGAUGAUCCAAGUUCUGUCUACUACUGGGCAUACAAGAAUAACAUUCCUGUGUUUAGUCCUGCUCUAACGGAUGGUUCAUUAGGGGAUAUUCUUUACUUUCAUUCUUACAAGAACCCGGGCCUAAGAUUAGAUAUCAUUGAAGAUGUAAGGAGAAUGAACAGCCAGGCAGUAUACGCAGCACAUACAGGAAUGAUCAUCUUGGGUGGUGGGCUUGUCAAACAUCAUAUAUGUAAUGCAAAUCUGAUGAGGAAUGGAGCCGAUUUCUGUGUGUUUCUAAACACAGCUCAGGAGUUUGAUGGAUGUGAUGCUGGAGCUAGACCUGAUGAAGCAAUCUCAUGGGGAAAGAUCAAGAUGACUGCAUCUCCAGUCAAGGUGUAUGGUGAGGCGACCAUGCUAUUUCCUCUGCUUGUAGCCGAGACGUUCGCCCGCUGUGUUCACACAAAAGAAAGUGAGAAGGAUGAUCAGCCUCUGAGCAAAAAAUCAAGAAACUCUGACUCCUACAUUGCAACAUAAAACUGAAUGCAUGGGACUGAAGAUUAUCAUUGAAAGCAAGAUGUGGUCAGGGUAAAGCAUGCAUGAGAACUAAAAGCAAUUUUACAUCAGAUUUGGUGUGUUAUCAGAGAUGAAAGCGAGGCUCAGAUGAGUUGGAACAUGGAAUUGAACUUAGGAGACUAAAGGUUGGAGAGAGCAGAGACUCAACUUUUGGAAAUUAGUGACAUCGCAUUAUGUGCAGGUAGAACAUGUCUCAAGCGUGAGGCACUAAAACCUUGUGACCAGGGUUCAGACUAGCCUCUUGUCGAGGCCCUGGCGGCUGCUUCCCGAGCGAAGCGAGGGAUUCCCUAAUUCGCGAAGCGAAUUAGGCCUGGCGCGAGCCAGGGCCUCUUGACAUCUGAACUGAAUUAUAUAUUCAUGAGGAACGUCUUCCUAAUGAAUAUACAUGAGUCAUGAUAUUACUGGUCACCGAGUAAACCAAUGAAAUGUCAGAGCUGUUUCGUUUUGGGUUUGGAAUACUAUAUAGUACUAUAGUAGUCCACUAUUCUGCAGGGGAUUCAUUUAAUUGCGGGACACUAAAGGGGAUAUAACCAGCAAAAUGCUACAAGUAGUGGUAGUACUACUACUACUACUACUACUACUACUACUGGCCGUAACAGACCCAUCACCGCCCCGAAACUUCCCGGGAGAUACUGCUCAGCCGCUGGUCAGACUCGAGUCAACUCCCAGCAACUCCACCCCAGCUUCCCUCACUGCACUGCACAGCGGAGAUCGCCCGGAGAUCGAUAAUCGACGCCCCGGUUCGACCGGUGGAAUCGCAUGAAAUAUUACAUUUUUUCCAUAUCCUGUGGGUAGAUUUACAAAGACAUCUCGUCCUUUCAGUGCAGAGUUAAUUUCAUCGACUUGCAAAUCCUUAAAUCGGUCAAUAUUCAGCAUUUUAGAGUCAUAUUCAGCGCUCUUUGAUAUUUCGUCGUCACUCUUCGCCAAGAAUCCAAGGGUCGCCAUUCAAGAUGAGCUCAUGAAUAUUUAAUAUGACGUCAUAGCAGCUCGCGCUCUCAUUGGAUGAUUUUCACCGGCCAGUUUUUGGUCGGUGAAUUGGUAAAAACAAAAGAAAGUCGGUGAAAUUCGGCAUAGAUGUCAAGAGGCCCUGUCUCGCGGCGCUCUGCUUCGCUCUCUCCCUUGCUUUGCCAUGUUCGCUCGGAAAGCAGCCGACAGGGCCUCGACAAGAGGCUAGGUUCAGACCUGCCUUAGGGCCCUGGAAGGUUGGGUCACCAGGUGCUCUCUGGUACAAUCUGAGGCCUAAUCUGAGCCUUGUUCUGCAGUAGUUCACAUGUAACAGUUCCCACUUACUUCAACAUAAACAUUACAGAAAUAUGUUAAAUAUGCAUUCUUACAUGAUUUUGGAAAAUAUAUUGGUAAAUAUUUUUUUAUCUUUUAAUUUUUGGAUUAUGGUGAUGAUCGUAAGGGUGGGAGUUGGGGCAAUUUUUCGGAAGCCUUGCAAUGGAAUUGGGAGUGUUGGAUAUCUCUAGAGAGCGCCCCCAUUGGUGGCUUCAAGUGCAAGAAGUGAAUGAUCUGGCCUUAGUAGGUGGUUUGUUGAUGAAAUGGUUUGCUCUGUGAGUCAUACUGCUUUUUCUGUCCAUGGGCAAGUCAUUUAUCUGCUUUUACCACUCUCCACCCAGUAUGUGUAUCAAAUUAUUUUCAUUUUUCAUGCAAAAUUUUCUAAUAUUUAUCCUUUGUUGAAAUUAACUAAAUAAAUAUGUAGAAUUUCCUGUAUUAUCUAAACAAACAGUAUAUGUGUCACCUCUCUUGUGGCUCAGUGGAUAAAACAAGAGUCUGGGUGAAUGUUUUGUGGGAGAAAAUUUAAUUCACAAACCUAGCACAAUAUUUUCUCUAGAUCUAAUAGGCAAUUUCAAUUUUUUUAUAUGUGAUCUGUAUUAUGUAUAACACUGUUUGUUUACCAGAUAAUUUAGAAUUUUGGGGAAAAUGUAGUCAUGAAUUUAUUUGGGAACAUGGUUUGGUGUCAUACUUCAGUAAUCUAUUUUUAAAGUGUGAUAAAGAAAACUAUCUUAUAAAAGGUAGUUGUACUUCUUUGCAAAGUUUAUUGUCCUUAACUUUUGAAAUUAUUUUACAUUCACUUGCCUCUGAGAUUCUGUAAAUCCCAUAGAAGGCACGCCCAGUUCUCAUAGCCAACUAGUUAAAUUUCCUGGACUUUUAUCAAAUGUGAAAUAUAUAGUGAAUUUUUUAAAGGAAUAUUAAUAUUUGGUAUAGAGAAAUACCAAUAUUUUGUUACCUUUUUCAUUUACAAUUUUUAUUUUCUAUUUUUUGAAGAAUCUUUAAUGUCAUGCCAAUGGCUUUGAAGGGUCCUUUCAUAAUAUAUUAAGAUACUUUUUAACAUUAGUAAAAUUAAAAAGAAAAAUGAAACUCCUAAAAAUCAGAAAAUUUGAUGCACUUGUUUAGUAUAGUCUUAUUGUAUGCUAUUCUGGUAGUAAUAUCUGUUUAUUAUUUGAAGCGCUUAGUGACUGAGAUUUCUUUUCAUCUGUUCAAAAAUUAUAUUAAUCCUGUGCUUCUUAAACAGUCACAUGUAUAAAGACAUGUGUAUAAAUAGUUUUGAAAAUGUAUUACUCUUUCAAAUAGUAACAAAUAUUCCCCCUUUAUUUUAUUAUAAAAACUAUUCUCAAACAGAAUAGAUAUUCCAUUUUGGCUUGACAUUUUUUUUUCUUAUUUAAUCACGCUAUAUGCUGAAGGGACAAUGGAUCCAUUGCAAUCUGUAUUUUUCUGACAAAAAUGAUACGGUGGUGUAUGAUGAAGAGCAACAUGUUUAAAAAUAAAUCUAUUUUCUGAUUUCUCAAUUGAUGGAUUGAAGGAUAAAGAUAUUUCUGAAUGGGGAGAUGGUAAAUUAAGAAUGCAAAUUUCCUAGGCCCUUUGCUGAAAGAAUUGCAUUUGAAGGCUAAAUAGAAACAAACUUUAAAAAUAAAAUGCAAGUACCCAAUACACAAAUUUGAUUAGUUGAAUUUCAAGUUGUUUUUUAAUGCAACUCUUUCUACAAUAGGCCCAGCACUGUAAGAGGUCACAAAUAGAGAUAAGCUAAUACUGAUGAAUCAAUAUGUAAAUAUGUAAAAGAUAUUAAAGAAACAAAUGAAAUUGA